GUCAAACAUGUUUGCCGAUUGGUUGCAAUACCAUUGGGAUCAAUUGAUAACAACAUGGUUUGAUAACAAUUUGUUUGCAAUGAAUUUUUACGGUACAUUAGGUAUCAUUUACGGUAUGUUUUGGACAGUUGGCCUAUUCUAUCUGUUUGCCGAUAUAACCGGCCGACCAGGUUUUCUAUUGAAGUACAAGAUCCAGGAGCCAUAUACUCCCAUGUCGAAAUCUGAAUUUCUAGAUUUGAUUGGACAGGUAUUAUUCAAUCAGAUUGUGGUAAUGGUGCCAUUGUUUUAUUUGAUAGCCCGUGCUUUCGAGUGGCGCCAGUUUCCUACCGGACAGUUACCAUCACUGGCCCGUAUUGUAGGCGAUUAUAUUGUCUUUCUGGUUGUCAACGAGAUUGGCUUUUACUAUACUCAUCGACUCCUACACUACGGACCACUGUAUCGUUUGAUACAUAAGCGCCAUCAUCGAUGGCAGGCACCGGUAGCCAUCAGUGCUUUUUACUGUAAUCCGAUUGAACACGUAUUCAGCAAUACUAUUCCAGUUGUUAUGGGUCCAUUUCUGAUGAAUUCACAUAUAUUAACUCAAUGGUUAUGGUAUGGUUUGGUUAUAUUUAUAACAUUAGCCGAUCACUCUGACUAUCAUUUUCCGUGUAUGAUAUCAACAGAAUUUCACGACUAUCACCACUUUAAAUUCAAUCAAAACUUUGGUUCAAUUGGUCUAUUGGAUUGGAUUCAUGGCACUAACAAUGAGUUUUAUAAAUCAAUUGCCUAUAAGAGAGACAGGUUUUUCAUGAGUUGCCAACCAAUCAAACAGUUAUAUCCCGAUGAGAGACAAACUAAUAAUAAUACUAAUAAUAUUAAAAAUCAUUAAUUUGAUAAAAGUAUAAGUUAUAUGUACUGU